AUGGCUCCAGCUCCUGAAUUGGCGUCCAAGGAUUUUUUGAAAGUCGUCGAUCAACUGUGGCGAGAGAAACGCGACACCUAUGUAAAUACUCCAAAUCAGCUCUUCAUUGAUGUCAACGAAAUGUUCGCCGAUAAUAAAUUGUUUCUUUCUCUCCACACCUCUGAAGUUCUGCCAGGGUACCUCGUUUCUGCUCGUUGCAUGGUCCAAAACACUCUUGCCCCAGAGUUCUUUCCUCUCAGUUGCACGGUUUCGAAAGGCUCAGAAACAGAGGAGGCGACUGGAUGUCUAAGAGACUCCUUCGGUGAUGAUGUAACGAAUCUGGUGGAUCAUGGAAACCACUGCAGCCGUUAUUGCUAUAAGAUGGUCAUGGUCCCUGGUGCGAUGGAGUGGUGGCUCGAUGAUUUCAACAAAGCUCAAACGACGGCGACACUCUGCUCCACAAAUUGUGACCAAAUGGAGACAUCGUCUACAUCAGCGCCUACAAAAAUAAGUGAAUUCAUUGCCAAGGUUUUCGAUGAUGGAACUCCCGAGCUGAAACCAAACACGGUUGUCGAUGUUUAUGGUUAUUUAUCGGCUCCAGCCCAUGCUGGUGAGGAAGGUGAAGGCCAAGGUGAUUCAUCCAAGCAUUUCAAUGUUCAUGUUCUACGUAUCAAAGAAGUGUGCCAUGCGCCCUCGGCAGAAUCAAAUGUGUCAUCUAGUAUUGACUCACCUUCAAUGCGUAAAGAACUUAUAAAUGAGGUUUCGUCUGUGUUGGGAAGUACAUCAGCAGCUGAGAUGUUUGUCAGCUUCUUAGUAUCCACAACGUACUCUCGCCCUGGUGGAACACCGUUGUGUUUUCUACCAUUGAACAUUGUUGGCGUUACAGACUCCGAAGUAGCUCAUAAAAUAAUUGAAAUGGUGCGACUUCUAAUGCCUAAGGUGAGGGUCGUUACUCUCACACCUGAGCUGCUUUCAACAACACGUUUUGCACCUGUAAAGAAUUAUGAAUCUGAUGUACUGCAUCAAGGAGAACUACAGUUGAGCAACGGCACAGUUCUCAUUUUUGAUGAGACUCAGCUACCGAGUGGUUCCUUCCCUGUCAGCGGUUUCGUUGAAGAGAACUUAAAAGUGCUAGAGGAGCUGCUUGUUGAGCACAAAAUGUCGUAUGACUAUGGAUUCUAUAAAAUUCCUAUGGAUGUCGACCACAAUGUCUUGAUAUUGUCGAAAAAGGAGUCCAGAAUUUUCAAGACCCCAUUCCGCAUUCCCAUCGAACCAUCUAGUUCACCCUUAUCCCUGGAAAAUGUUGAACUCAAACGAGAGUUCCUGCAAAGAAGUCGCAAUGGAGUGAGCUCUGUAUCCCUAACGGAUGACGUGUCCAAGAGAGUGCAAGACAGCUUCGUGAACAUGUGCGCUGCAUUAGAUGCCAAAGCUGAUAAAGCAGCCUUACUUAAUGAAAUGCUGAUCCUCUCAAGAUUGAUUGCUUCAUCAAAUGGCAGUCCAUCUGUGGAGUUUGAGCACUGGCAACAUGCUAUUCGAAUCUCUUCAGCAAACUCAUCCGCAAUGUCAAAGUAUUCUCGCCCUGGUGGAACACCGUUGUGUUUUCUACCAUUGAACAUUGUUGGCGUUACAGACUCCGAAGUAGCUCAUAAAAUAAUUGAAAUGGUGCGACUUUUGAUGCCUAAGGUGAAGGUCGUUACUCUCACACCUGAGCUGCUUUCAACAACACGUUUUGCACCUGUAAAGAAUUAUGAAUCUGAUGUACUGCAUCAAGGAGAACUACAGUUGAGCAACGGCACAGUUCUCAUUUUUGAUGAGACUCAGCUACCGAGUGGUUCCUUCCCUGUCAGCGGUUUCGUUGAAGAGAACUUAAAAGUGCUAGAGGAGCUGCUUGUUGAGCACAAAAUGUCGUAUGACUAUGGAUUUUAUAAAAUUCCUAUGGAUGUCGAUCACAAUGUCUUGAUACUGUCAAAAAAGGAGUCCAGAAUUUUUAAA